AUGAAAUCUCUUCUCUUCCUCUCUGGAUAUGCCCUCAUCACAUACCUACCUUCCUCGAUCGCCUACCCGGGCAUGAAGGAUUCUCUUUCUGACCUCCACCGCGCCGCCAAUGUCCCUCGCGCAGACGCAAAACAAUUGAUUGGCGAUCUCAAAACGCUCAAAGAUACUCAACUAACUACCAUCGGCAAAGAUAUCAAAGCCAUCAUCCUUGGGACAAAAGAUGCCCGCUCCAAUACCAUCGACACCUCAGUCCCGCCUGGUACUGUCGACAGCGCCGCAUGCAAAGCCGACCUGUGCUGCGUCUGGAAAUGGAUUUCGUAUGAAAUGACUGCGCGGUUUAACGGCACCUCUGGACGUUGCACAAAACUUGCGAGAGGCGCUGUAAGGCUCGGUUUCCAUGAUGCCGCUGUUUGGAGUAAUACGACGACUUAUGGCGGCGCAGAUGGGAGUAUUUUGCUCACGGACGAAAUUAGUCGGAGUGAUAAUAACGGGCUGAGUGCGAUUGGGGAUCAGAUGAAGACCUGGUAUAACAAAUAUCAUCAAUAUGGUGUCAGCAUGGCCGACCUGAUCCAGAUGGGCGCCAACAUCGCAACAGUUGUCUGCCCACUUGGCCCACGCAUCCGGUCCUUCGUCGGCCGCAAAGACAAUGCAAAAGCUGGCCCCACUGCCCUGAUCCCCGAUGUUGCUGACUCCGCGGAUAAAAUCAUCAAGCUGUUCGCAGCGAAGACAAUUGAUGUGCAUGAUCUGGUGGCACUAGUAGGUGCACACACUACCUCCCAGCAGCAUUUUGUGGAUACGAGUAGAGAUGGCGAUCCGCAGGAUAGUACACCGGGAGUGUGGGAUGUGGCAUUUUAUGGGCAGACGACGGGGAGUCCGCCACCCAGGGUGCUUAAGUUUGCGAGUGAUGUUAAAUUGAGCCAGGAUACGAGGGCGAAGACUGAGUGGCAGCAGUUUAUCGGCGCCCAGUCGCAUUGGAAUGAGGAUUACGCAAAAGCAUACACCCGACUUUCCCUUCUCGGCGUAAAUAACAUCAACGAUUUGAAAGAGUGCACGCAAGUGCUUCCGCCAGAACGCACGGCCUUUGUGAAUGAAGAUCAGGUGGUGCUGGAUAUGUGGUUGCAGGGCCAGUUUAAUCAGUUGAAUAACAUGGUCGAUGAUGCGAUUAUGUUGACAGGGAUUAUUACAACAAAUCCGUAG